GUAGUUUGGUAUGACUUGAUUAACCAGUAUUUCUUUUAGAUUGUCAAAAUUUAGUCUGCAGUACUCUAAUCCCAUUUUUUUCUUAUAAAAAAAUGACAAGCUGGCAUAUCAUAAUCCAGUUUUUUAAAAAAUGUAGAAAAUUUACUCAUUUUAAUAGCUAGCAGACGAAAUGUUCAUAAACGUCGUAAACAUACAAACAGACUGCACCCCAAUAUAUAAUGGAUACAAUCAAUUUGAGGGAAUUAAAUAAUUUGUCGAAUUAAAUGGCAUUUAUCAUGCUCAAUAAAUUAGCAGGAAUCCCGUUAUGCGUUACAAACUAGACAUUCAACUCGUCCAUUGCCAGUAAUUUUGAUAGAUAAAUAGAUAGAUAUCUAGCACAUAGGCACAAUCUUAUCUGCUGGAUAGAGAGCUGGGUUGAUAGGAUCUAAUGGAACGACAACGCACGCAAGGCCUCUCCGUCUCCAUGGCUCUCCUGCUGUUCCACGCCCAAAUGACCUUACCCCUCGUCGAAGCUUAUGUGGAACAAACUUGCAGCGAAGCCGCCAAGAGCGAUCCUAGAGUCAACUACAAGUUCUGCGUCGACACCCUCUACCGCCACCGCGGAAGCACCGAAGCCGACACGUGGAGGCUGGCGCAGAUCGCCUCGGACCUGGCCGUCAACACCAGCGAAGUCGGCAAGCUCCUAAUCGACGACAUGGCGAAGAAGGAGGUCAGGGAUCCGGACAUGAGGCGACUCCUCAACGGGUGCUCCAAGUUGUAUGACGACAUGGGCACGGCGGCGGCCAGGGCGGAGGAUAACAUCAGGGCGAGGAACUAUGGCGCCGCGAAGCAGUUGCUGAACCAGGACAUCGCCAUGGCUCGGCAGUGCCAGGCAUCCUUCGGCAGAGCGGGAAAAGGUGCUCCGGCGAUCGUGACUCAGAUCGAUACCGAGGCUGUCAAUUUGGGAAUUCUAGCUUAUGCAAUCACAAAUUUGUUAAAGUAAUGAUAACAUAAAUUGAUUAAGCAAGGUAAGUGCAUGCAUUCAAUUUCUUCUUUUCAUGUGGUUGCAAUAACCAUUCUCCAAAUAAAGAUAGUACAGCCCGAUCAUGAUCGCCCUAACUAUAGGUGCAAGGUG